CGCCUGGGCCAGCGCGCCGCGGCCAGCCCUGCACCCUGAACGAGGGACUGCCGCCUGCUGGUGGUGGCCGGCUUCGGGGAGAGUGGCCAGGGCUCUCCAGACCGCAUCCACGCUGCCAGGAAGUAGAAGAGGUGCCUAAAGAAAUGGAUACUAGAAGAAAACACUGGAAGGAGAAUAUGUUUUCUCCUCUCUUGAUUGAACACAGUGUUUCAGAAGAGGCCUCCCAGCCUGAAUCUUCUUCUAAGCAAAUAGCUGUCGAAAAGACAAAACGGAUGGGAAGAAUUUGCAAUUUGGCCAGUAGAAAGUUCCAAGAAGGAAAUCAAUUUAAGAGGAAAGAAUAUACUUCCCACGUAGAUGCACGAGAACAAAAGCCACAUUUAAGGGAGAGGAGGAUAAACAUGUCCAAGAACGUAGCACACACAAAUGCUGCCUCUUGUGAGCCAUUGAACAGGGACAGUGAAGCCAACGAGAGCAUUCCCAGAGCAGGAGGUCCCUCUAUCUGGAGUAAAAAGAAAUUGCCAACUGUACUGCAGCAAGACACAAGAAAGAAAUGGACUGAAAGCAUGCCUCCAAAACUUCGCCUGGACCUUUUGAAUGAAGAACUAGAAGAACUGACUAUUACAUGCAGAAAAAUUGAAGAGGAAUUUGAAAAUGCUGAAAAAGAACUUUUGAAUUCCAGAAGAGAAGUCUCCACGAAAUCGGUAAAUUUUCAAGAAGCAGGGGCCAACGCUUCAAAGAAUGACUGGGAAAUCCAGGCUCUGAAAAAUGACCUAUCUGAGAAAGCUACAAAUGUCCAAAACCUAACGGAAGAGCUCCAGCAAGCCAAAGAAAUUAUCCACAAGUUGAACCUAGAGAACAGAAAUUUACAAGAGACUGUGAGGAAGUUAAAAUGUCACACUGAAGUUGGAAAUGCACUCCUCAAGGAAGAAAUGAAGUUAUCUUAUGAGUUGGAAAUGGACAAGGUUCGUGCAGAGCUUAAUGCCAUCAAGAACGAACUAAGGGCCGAGAAGCGCCUACAAGCGAGAAAUAACAGAACCUUGGAGUUGCUUAGCAAACACUUUGCUUCCAUGGUAAGGACAUCGAAUACCUUUCACAACUUUCCUGGGGAUGCUUUAUAAACUUUUUUUUAACAAGGCCUUUCAUUAGGCAAGGCAUUGAAUGAAAUGAUUGCUUAUUGUAGUCUCUUUGUGCAUUACUUAAAUGUUUGCAAGAAGAUGUAAUUCUCACUUCUGGUGAAUCAGAGCGCUUCAAGUCAUACACGUUAACUUCAAAGCGUCUGCUUUCUCUUUCUAAUGUAGUUAUUGGGAGAGUCCAAAUGGAAACAAUGCUCUAUAAAUCUCUUUUCUAUGUGCAUAAAAAUAUGUACAUACAUACGUAUGUAUGUAUUUAUGAAUGAAUGAAUGUCACUCAAAAACACAGUGAUUCACCAGAUUGUGGACGAAUACAAAUCAUCAGCAUUUUGUGAUCUUGUGAGCACAUCAAUGUUCUCCCAUCUGUGUUCAUUGAUGUUAACAAUAAAAAUCUUGUUUACAUGUAUGAGCAUAACAUAUGCCUGUGAAUCUUGGAGCUGCCUGUUCAAACUCACUGAGAUACCAAAAAUAUAUCUGCUUUCUUUGGGGUCUAACCUUAAUUAAGCGCAUGUAAACAUCCCCGGAAAAUCGUACAGUUUUUCCUCUCCCCUGCUGGUUUCCCCAUGCUUUCUCCUUGGACUUGGUCAUGGUUCCCAUAGACUUCGUGACCAGUUUGAGACAUUCCUCUGACCUUUGCUGGAGCCUGGCUUCUAUCAGCAGGAACUCUUGUAUUUCCUUACGUUGGCCAGCAAGGGGCGUUGUUUACCCAGUUCUUCCAAAACUCAGCCAGGGGAAAAUUUCUAAGCUCUUUGCCUGGCUUAGAUCACUAGACCCAGAUAGCCUUGAAAGAUGUUGGAUGUUAUCUAGAGAUACUAUUAGUAUGAUAGCAUGGAUUUAGGCAGUCACUCAGCCCUGCACAAGGCCCAGACAAUGGUAAUUUGUUUUAGAAUUACAGAGGGAAAAUGUGCUGCCUCGGUCUGGUGGACAUGAUGGGCCAGGUGAUUCUUUGCAUUUGUCUGAGUCACUCAAGGCUUCUUUUAGUUGGGCAUCUUAUUUGCAUGGUAUCUUUAAGACCAAUAAACCAAAUGUAAACACAGACUAUGCGGAUAAAAUGUAGUCAUAACAGGGCCUGGAGAGAUGGCUCAGCAGUUAAGGCGCUUGCCUGCAAAGCCUAGCAACCCAGGUUCGAUUCCCUAGUACCCAUGUAAAGCCAGAUGCACAAGAUGGCGCAUAUAUCCGAUGUUUGUUUGCCAUUAGUAGAGGCCCUAGC